UUGUGGUUUUCCUUUUCCUUCACGUUUGAACAUAGUGGCGUCAGUUACUAUCAUUAUCCCUAGACCCUGGCUUCGUGGUUGGAACUCACCUAAUCAGCUGGCGAAGGCCAGAUUCAGAUUUACUUUUCGAGAUCGCAGUGCACGUAUUUUCUUGCCAACUUGUCUGCUAGCUUGUUCUACUUCCAAUUCCGGUUGGCAAAGACAGUGCACAAACCGAUGGGGGCUGUCACUCAGCAUAGCUCAGGCUGUGAUGUUCUGAGAGGCUACAGGUUCCAUCAAAUUUGCCAGAAAAGUCCGUUAGCAAAACAGUUCUCAGCAAGUGCAAGUACCAAAGCCGAAGCCACAGAAGACACUAUCAACAUCACUGACAGUUGUGUUAAGCAACUCUCCAGGAUUAAUGAAGGUGACAAGCAUCUGAGGGUUUUAGUGGAGGGAGGCGGCUGCUCAGGGUUUCAGUGCAAAUUUCAACUGGACUCGCAACAAAACAUCACUGAAGAAGACAGGGUGUUUGAGCAAGACGGUGUGAAGGUGAUAGUGGACGAGGUGUCUCUGGGUUACAUCAAGGGUGCAACGGUGGACUACCACCAGGAGUUGAUUCGCUCUGCUUUCAGGAUCACCAAUAUCCCCAUGUCUGAGAACGGCUGCUCAUGUGGUGUCUCUUUCUCCCUCAAGUUAUAAUGGAAGAUGUGUUGAUAGCUAAAAUGAGGCAAACAUUUUCAUGGCCCCCAGCUCUUCCUGUAUGAAGACCCUGGAAUCCAGCAAAAUCGGAAUGACCUCAUCUUCAUUGUGUUACAUGUUGAAAACACUGAACGAUACUCCAGAAAUGUGCUGGUCAGUUUUGAUGUUGGCUUUGUGUCUUUAUCAUAUUCAUUUAACUUUUUAUUGAAACA